AUGACCGUGGAAACUGACGAAUUCAACGUUGUUCGCCAGAUUUCUGGCGCUAAAGCCGCCGACGCAACAGACGCCCAUCUGGAUGUGAAAAUCAGCGACGUAUCCUUGUCCAGGACCGAUCCGGACCGGUUUGUCCAGCUGUUCCAACAAAGACCCGUGGAUGAACUGCAAUUGAUGACUUUUAUGAAACAACUGCUCACAACGGAGAAUCUCUCGGCGUAUUUCGACGUCUGGGUCAAUCAUCUCAAACAGUACCCGUCCAGCACAAAUAUCGUCGGAUGGGACUGUUUCGACGGGGUAAUCAGCAACCUGUCGUCCACGGUGUUCCAAAAUGUUUCUACCAAAGAGGAGUUUGAUCGCCAGUUUUUGCAGCUGGCCAAACAGCAGCCGACCACAUCGUUCGGUGUGAUGGUGCAACACCUUAUUGGAUUCAAAGUGUUGGGGAUCUCGAACCAGGAACUCAGAAUAUCGUUCGAGGCCGCCGUGAUCAAGUUUCUUUCGAAGCUGGAGUUUCCAAAGGCCACAGAAACCAACUCGGACAUCGACAUCAUUGUGGAGACAGUGAUAAUGCUGGUGACGAAGUUUCAUGGCCAGUUCCCCGUGGAAAAACUGAUCGAGCAAGGACUAUACAAAUCGUACCAGAAUAUCCCGAUCAUAAGGCUCUGGUGUCUCACAUCCAUCAGCAAGGACGACCCGGAUACCCUAGUUCCAGCAUACAAGGUGUAUCUGAACUACGAUCACGAACGAAGAAUACAGAAUUACGGAAAACAUGUGGAUAUUAUCGAAUCAAUAGACAUUUCCAGCGCUGUUCUCGAGUUUCUUCUGUCCAAGAAGUUACAACGCAAUCUCUACGACCAGGUUUUGGUUUGGUAUGGACAACUCAAAUACACGGUCGAGACCGAGCUUUCGAACUUGUUGGGUCCGGGACCCUACUCUGCGCUGUUGAUACGCAGAGUCACUUCUAUUUGGUACAAGCUGGGCAAGAUUUCUCAGAAACUGUGCUAUUUGCACACGUUCACCCCGGAAAUCCUUAAUAAUCGACUCGAAGAGACGUUCCGGUUCUUUGACCGCGCAAUCAACAUUCUGCGGUCGGCUUCCGUGGAGCAUUCCGACAAACAGGUGGGUGAUUUGUUUUUCAACCACGCUGUUUCGCUGAUCAAACUGGGACGGCUCAGAGAGGCCCUCAAGAGUCUCAAGGCGGCAAUCAAGAUCGACCCGGAUAACAUCAAGUACCUGAACGUGAUCACGCUUGUUUACUCGGCCACCGAGGAGAAUCUCGACAAGUCUUUGAAGAUCAGCUCGGAGGUGGUUUUGAACCUCAAGUCGCAGCUGUCCUCGAUCCACCCUCGCACCGACCUAACUAUCGAGGCCAAGCGGGACAUUGUGCAGAUGUUCAUGACGUACGUUGCGCUUGUUGGAGCGGAUCAGGACACGUUUGAGGCCGUGGAGUGCAUGCCGAUGUUCUUCGAGGUGGUGCACCAGCUGUUUGGCGCGGAUGCGAGCUCGAGCGGGACCGGUGGCAUUGGCGACGCGAACGGCCGGUCUGGCGACACCAACAAGAACAAGAUCCUGCAGCGGAUCCGGUCGGGCAAACACAAAAAGACGGCCUCUGUGGCCGUUGCUCGGAACCUGGACACGGAAGAAAGCCGGAUUGUACAAGAGAUCUGGCUGUGGACGUCCAAGCUUUUUGAGGAGCAGGAAAUGACAGACGACGCAGAAGGGUGCAUUUUCGAGGCGGUGAACGCCGGUUCCGAAACACAUCAAACACAUUCGAGACUGGGACAGCUGUCGAUCAACCUGAACAAUAAGAAAGCGUUACAGGAGCUGGAGGCUUCGCUGGAUCUAAAGGAGGACGGCAAUUUGGAAGGGAUCCUUGGGUUUGCGAAUCUGGUGCUAUUUUCCGGGAAACCGUCCGUUUUCACCAACGAGAUGGACAAAAUGGCUGCUGUUUCGCGGUGCAAGAACUACCUCGAAUCCCUGACCACAAACUACCGGUACUUCCAGAUCAGCGAGAUCUACUACAAUUUGGCCCAGGUCUACGAACUAACAGGCGACCGCACAAGCUUGGAAUCCAGUCUGUCCAAAUGCGUGGAGCUAGAAUCCAUUAGUGCCGUUCGCGAAUUCGACCAUGUACUGUAG